AUGGAUACAAAUCCGGCACAGCUGGCUCCGCCGGCGGUGACGUCGCUGCGCGCCCAGACGGCCGGCGUCAUGGAGAGGUCCCUCAGUCAGCACCAAAGGGAGAAGGACAGGGAAGAUCUCAAGGAGGCUGCAGAACAGACCCUCAACGUCAUUGUUGACCUAAACCUCGACGGUUCCAUUCGCUGGGUGAGCCCCUCCUGGGUUGACGUGAUCGGCACAGACGCCGCCCAGGCGGAGGGCACCCCCAUAUCCGAUGUUGUCGUGAGCGAGCCGACAACCAUUUUCACCGACGUGGUUGAGUCCAUGAAGGAGGAUGAUUCGGGUAGCAAGUUCAUCCGCUUCUCUGUGACGACGGGGCCCGAGUCGAAGCUACUUGCCCCCGAAGACGGUGCCCAGGACAGCGAACAACAGGACGCGGACGAACAAGAGGACGAUGGACCACAGGUCGUCGAUCUCGAGGCACAAGGCAUCAUGGUCCACGACGCUGGUGGAGAAAGCCACGUUAUGUGGAUGAUCAGACCAUGGGUUGCGCCACGAGAGAUCAAAAUAGACCUGGACUCUGAGCUCGUCGACUCGCUUGGCUCUGGCGCCGAGAUUCUUGCUGGCUAUCUGACCCGACUCGCAGAAGUAGGAUUGCAGGACCCUACCAACUACGACCCUCCGCCGCCUGUUCUCUGUCGAAUCUGCGAACGCCAGAUACCACCAUGGUGGUUCGAAAAACACACAGAUCUUUGCCUACAGGAGCAUCAGGCAGAGAUGGAGGUGCAGAUGGCCCAGGAAAGCCUGUCAGAGCACCGCCAUUCUAUUGUCAAGGUUCUCGAUGCCUUGGAGGCCCGAAAGAGUCGUUCGCUCAUCGGGGAGCAGACGGCUCUCCCGGCAGCCGAAUACAAAGGGAUGCCCAUUGGGCCUCCACAAUCGAGCUCCUCGUCGCCCGGGACGUCCUCCCCAUCGACCAGCGGUGCGCGAUCCCGGGAGAGAUCCUCGGGGUUUGGCCACGCGCGCGCAAGAUCCUUCGCUGUUCGACGGCCACAGGCGCGCAUCGUCGAACUGCUGUUGGAUCUGUGCGACACAGCGAUUGAGAUUAGCACCCCAGCCAUCAAGGAGUCCUCGACACAAAAUCCGGGCGAAUUUCGAACUCAAUCGCCCCAAUCCGAGUCGAGAAUAGGUCAGGUGAUGCAAUGGCACUCUCCCAGUACCAACACUCUCGAGCAGGAGCAAGGUCUGGCGUUGUUGUGCGCCGACACAGAACGCAUCGCAAAGGCCAAGAUUGAUGCCGUCUUCCGCCACAGGAAAAUCAUCGAAUACGCGGAGCGGAUACGCAUCGAGUUUUCCAUCAAGGUCCAAGACUCCAUCGACGGUGCCAUGCGACGAGCUGCUCGGAUCGCUGCCGGGAGGAUGAGCGACUCGACCGAGUCCGGGUCUGAGACCGGGGAAGAGGAUGUCACGCCUGCCCAGGAAGAGGGCAUCUUCCCUGGAUCGUUCGAUGCAGGCACAUCCCUUGCCUUGGCUUUGGAAAACGCAAACCUGAAUGAUGAUGUCGACAAGCGGCGAUUCUCCACGGCCAUCGACUCAACGCGGAGACAGUCCUCUGCCGCAAUAUCAUCAUCAACGGGAGAAAACGUCAGGUUGCCGCCAUCGCCGCGGCUCAACGGGGUGGGUGCCCCGCCUAUGGCUCGUGCCGUUCCGCCUUCGAUCAAAGACUUCGAGGUUAUCAAACCUAUCAGCAAGGGUGCUUUCGGGAGCGUCUACCUCUCCAAAAAGAAGUCCACCGGGGAAUACUUCGCCAUCAAAGUGCUGAAAAAGGCGGACAUGGUGGCCAAGAAUCAGGUGACCAACGUCAAGGCUGAGCGUGCAAUCAUGAUGUGGCAAGGCGAGAGUGACUUCGUCGCUAAGCUCUACUGGACGUUCUCAAGCAAAGACUACUUGUAUCUCGUCAUGGAGUACCUCAACGGCGGUGACUGCGCCUCUUUGAUCAAGGUGCUCGGUGGGCUCCCCGAAGACUGGGUGAAGAAGUACCUAGGUGAAGUCGUUCUUGGUGUCGAGCAUCUCCACAGUCGAGGCAUUGUGCACAGAGACCUGAAGCCGGAUAACCUUCUCAUCGAUCAAAAGGGUCAUCUGAAGCUCACUGAUUUCGGUCUUUCGCGGAUGGGUUUGGUGGGCCGGCAGAAGCGAGCUCUUAACAGUGGCUCAACUGAACCCGCCCCUGACUUGUUGAAGACAGGACCAUUCGCAAGGUCGACAUCCGUAGGGUCUUCUAUCUCUCGGUCGACAUCACUCGAUGUUCAUGCACCACGCCACCCAUCAUCACCUGGCUCAACACCGCAAAUGACUCCCAGCGACUUCGGCCUCAGCCUCGGGCAACCAUCGUAUUUCAGCCUUGGAACCUCACAAGAGCCUCGCCGAAUAUCCAGCAGCCAUCGAAGCGACAGUGGAGGCAGCGAGUCUCUGACCCACAUGCUUGGGAACUUCACAUUGAACGACAGUACCCAAAGCUCAACAUCUCAGGCCGUCAUGUCGCCACACGAGGGCAGUGAAGGGGGCAGUCCUUCCGUGGAUGCCGGAUCUCUGCGCCAAGCAAGCACGACGAGCACUCAAGGCAGCAUGGACCAAGGAAAGGCCACGCCGCCUUUACCCAGCAUGCCUCCCCCGAACUGGGCGUUGUUUGACCCGGAGGAUACAAGUCGGCGCUUCGUCGGCACACCAGACUAUUUAGCUCCCGAGACGAUACGAGGCGAGCCUCAAGACGAGACCAGCGAUUGGUGGUCGGUUGGCUGUAUCUUGUUUGAGUUUCUCUACGGAAUCCCCCCUUUCAAUGCAAGCGAGCCUGACCAGGUAUUUGAGAAUAUCCUGGCCCGGAGGAUCCACUGGCCGGAUGAGAGCGAGGAUGAAGUGUCGCCUGAAGCAAAGGACCUGAUCAACAAGCUACUAUGCAUAGACCCUCAGGAACGACUGGGGUCGAACAAGCACGAGAAGUUCGCAUCUGGCGGAGAAGAGAUUCGAAACCACACUUGGUUCCAAGGACUCAACUGGGAGACUCUGCUGAUGGAUGAGGCCCAGUUUGUGCCCCAGCCCGAGAAUCUCGAGGACACAGAAUAUUUCGAUGCUCGGGGUGCCACGCUGCAAUCGUUUGCAGAAGAAAUGGAGGACCAGAUGUCUCCACAACCGAGCGGCCCUGUCACAGAUUAUCCAGAUCGUCCGCACGACGCUUUGAACCGUGUCCGCUCACAGGUCAAUUCGAUGAAGCGAGGACUGAUGCCUCUCCACAUACCGCCACACGUCCGAGAUCUCAAGUCCAGGAGACUGAGCGAGCCUAUGGUCAACGAUGACUUCGGCAAUUUUGCUUACAAAAACUUACCUGUGCUAGACAAGGCAAACAAAGAUGUCAUACAGAAAUUGCGCGCUGAUGCCUUAGCGGCCCAAAACAAAUCGUCGGCUGCCACCAGCCCGAUUGGUAUAAACCAAGUCACAUCACCUGGUGGCGCCGGCCUCGAAGGCAGCCCCGUGUUGUCAAAUCCGGUACAUAGGACCUUGUCAAACGCCAAAGCCACACAGCGGCCCCAGUCACCAUCGGGCUUGAGCAACUCGCACUCAUCGCCGAGCCGAGUCUCGCAGCCAUCAUCGCCUCUUCUGGUGUCUUUCGUUGCUGGGCAAGAGGGAAGACGUAAGGCUUCCAGUAAUGCUUCCAAUCUGUCUCAACAGUCAAGCUCUGGUAGCUCACUUCAGCCAGGCAAUUUCUUCGAUGUGCCACGUGUCCCGCCGAGCCUCCAGAAAGCUGCUUCAUCGGUGUCAGCAUCCCCUGUCAAGGGCCGCGGUGCGCCACCACCACUUGCUCUGUCACCACAGAGGACAGUGACCACGCCUCGCCAAGGUAGUGGCCAAUCGAGCGCUCGGUCGAGGUCACUUACCGUCGGCUCGCAGGAAGGGAGCCCUGUGGCCGCAGACCUUUUGGCCCACCACCGGAACCGUCGCAGUCAGGUCUUCGAUAUGUCACCUUCGUCGUCUGACAACGAAGGCGAAAAGGCUAACGCCGCCCUUCUCCGGGUCCAGAGGCGGCGCCACAGCUCCCGACGCCUGUCACAGAUCACGUAUGACUGUCCAACGUUCCGGCCGCUGGAUGUUCUCAUCUGCGAGGAUCACCCCGUGUCUCGGAUGGUCAUGGAGAAGCUACUGGAGAAGCUGCGUUGCCGCACCAUUUCCGCUUCCACGGGUUCUGAAGCUGUUCGGUAUGCCAUGAGCGAUAUCAAAUUCGAUGUCAUCUUCAUGGAGUUCAAGCUACCACAAAUCAACGGUGCCGACGUUGCCAAGAUGAUUCGCGAAACCAAGAAUGCCAACUCUCACACCCCACUGGUGGCUAUCACCGCGUACCUGAAAGAACUUCAGGCACCCCACUACUUCGACUCGUUGAUCGAGAAGCCCAUCAGCUCAUCGAAGCUGACCGAGGUCCUCACCCACUUUUGUCAGUGGAAGCCAGCGUCGCCCAGCCAACCCCACAUGACGCCGAUGUCGCUUGCCCGGCCUAUACCGUCAAGCUUGAGGCAGGAGAGCCUGAAACUGGAGGAUAGCCCUACCAGUGGUACGUCUUCUGGUUUUGCAAACCGGCCCGGCAGCAGCUUCCGUGGUUCUAGCCGCGAGGACUCGAUUUCAUCCAGCCUUUUUGGCGACUCAGAGUCAAUAUCGACUGAUGAUAUUCCUGUCGUGAUUAGUCGUAAGGCUACGGGCGAUUGGAGCGAGCACGGCCUGGGAAUUGAUGUCACAUCGGAGGAGCAUAUCCUGAGCUCGAGUGAUCCCGCUAAAGGCAUGCCCCCACUACGGCUCCAGACUAGUGCUCCGGGGCAGAUCGAGCACGGACCCACAGCGGUGCCGGUAGCUGGCCCACAGCCACGUCGAUCAUUCGAGAGGCUGAGGGCAAAGCGAGAGAUUAUGGAGAAGAGACGCCUCGAAGGCAAUACCGGCUUCGAUUCCGCAGAUGAUGAAGACGAAGAGCUCGGCCUUGGGAACACUGGCAAGGCGGGCAGCCCUGGGCCGACUUCUGCUCCAGCAUCAGUCCAAGCUUCGAAGCAGCACUACCGCAGCAAGUCGGUGCUGCCUUCAUCGAAGCUCGGAAUCGAGAUGAUGCGUGCAAACAGCCAUGAGAGUAAUCAUCUGCCAGAUGCCCCGGCUGCAAUCGAGCUAAGGAUGCAAGGUGUCUCCACAUCUAUGAACGAGGUCGAAUGCCAGUCCCCGCGGUCUGGUCCAACCCUUCAGCCGCCUGAUUUUCAUACCGAAGGACAAGCUUUGAGUCCCGCUCCUGUAAUCAAGGAAGAGAACGAGGAAGACGAGAAGACGGUCAUCAUCCACACACCUCCCCCGGGCGAAGCGGCCGAGCUAGCUGCGAAGGAGACAGACGAGGUCGAGGAGACACCAAGACCACCACCAGUCACAACCGACCGAAAACGUCGCCUUCCACGCUCGAGACUCCAGACGAGUCGGAACCAGCAGCUCAAGCUCAAGAGAAUCCUACCGAUGCGGCCGGACAGACUGUUGAGGGCGGCGGAGGGCGAACGACAGCUGACGACAGCUGACUAUCCGACCAUUGCAACACACAAGAUCAAGCAGCCGGCGCGAUUGCACAACCAGAAACUGGCGCCACCAACAAAAACAACACCAACACCUUUUCCUUGCGUUAUUUGA